UCGAUUGUGGGCGAGCAAGCUUGGGUUGUAUCCAAAGGCGUUUUCUUCCGGGAUGCUGCUGUUAUCACGUACAGUAGAUUAUCUGAAUCACAAGUAACCUUGAACUGCAUCCACAUGAAAGUCGUGAGAACUGUCAAUCCAUCUGACCAGUUUCAACUCUGGGCCAACCAGAUGUCAAUGAUGCUGAGCACACUCUCCCAUUCUCACGCGUGUCAUGGCAGAGAGAAUAUGGACACAUCAGCCGGCGAGCAUAGGAGCAUUAUUCGAUUCCUCCAAGGCCCCCAAGGCCCCCAUGGCCCCCUCCCUAUUGUUUCGAGCUAGGUCAUAAGUCGCACCCACACUCCGCGUCCUGUCUAUCUGUCUCCAACUUAUGUUUGCAUAGGACGACUGACUCCUUUCCGUUCUUCUCGAUUCAAACCCCUUGACCACAACAACAUCAGCCCCCUCUGGUCAGGCCGAAGCUGAGGUGUUGUGCACUUUGCCGCAUAGAAAAACACCGUAUGUGAUUUGAUUCUCACCGGACACGAUCCAAGAUCACAAUACCAGCGAGAUUCCUCUCGCUUGAUUCGCAUGAUGUUCUUUAUUUGUACCCUCGAAGAACUGCAAUGCUAAUUCAACAUGCCAACUAUUGUGUUUUAUAUCCUCCACCUCCAGAGCCCAUUCAAACAUGGAAGCGAAACAAUUCCCCAAGCAAGCCGAAAGCUGACAUUGUUGCCAUGACCAGGCUUAGGGCACACUCUUAGCCUACUUGCAUCAUUAGCUUUGAUUCUAAUCACCAGACGAACAGCUUGAAAAUGGCGAGCAAGUCAAGAACCAAAAAGUUAAGAACCAAAAAGAAAACAUAUAUCUUGGGGAUGAGGCAUCAAAAUUUCUUUAGGGUCGUUCCCAUUUCUCAACUUCCACCUUAAUACAUGAAUUCGAAAGAUGAAACUACCAAUGCACAUGGAAAUGGACUUGCAGAACACAUAGAAGCUCACUUGGCGUGGCACGAAAAAGGCAUGCGGAGCUUUGGGGCGAAAUCAGCCGGCACCCCCAUUUUCUUGCUUUCAAGGCAAAUUAAAAGGCACCCAACUGUCAGAACUGCGAUAUUGCGAGGCGUGUUGGCACGAGAAAAAGGAAAGGGUGAACAAGCUCAUGACGACAACCAUGCAUUGCAACCUCGUGUUCCCACUGCUUUCAGUUCUUGUUGAAUUACAGCAUAAAAUAUCUGCAGGAUAUUGCAAGUGGGAUCUUAACGGAGACAAAUCCUCCAUGUUUCAAACCUGCAAUACUCUCUCUGCCUUUUCCUUUUCGACCGGAAACAGCAAGAACAAAUGCAGGAAACGUCGUCCAAAAGAUCUUCCAAACUGUCCAGUGAUCACUUUCCAUGAAUUCAAGAGGCUAGCAUUCGGUCGUCGAAAGCCCAUGUUCCUUCCAUCUGCACUCUCGAGCACCGUCAAGGGGCCUUCUCCCUUCCAACCAAACCUGCAAACCUCGUACAACCAGAGUCGAGCAACUCGUAUCAAUAGGAGGAAUGUAAUCUCCUCGAUAUGA